ACAGACAUUCACCUUUGUGUCACAUUCGGGUUAGUCUGACCUCCUGCAUUGGAGCAGGACAUAUCAUAUUUUUUGCUGGAAUAGAUGCCACAGAAAACAAGGCUGGUUGUGUAGCUGGAGCAGCUCUUUUGCAGUAUUUCCUGAUGGCCUCCUGUUGCUGGAUGCUUGUCGAGGGCAUUUAUAUCUACUUAUUUGUUGUAAAGGUGUACAACAUUACCGAUAAAAUUUAUCUUUAUCAUGGCUUUUUCUGGGGUAAGGUGCACUACCAGUCACAGAUGGGAUUGGACCUAAAAAAUUAAUUUACUUAGCAGGAUAUCUUGAUUCUGAUUGGCUUAAAACCAAUGCAGAAGUAGGUAUUAGAGUUAAAAUAGAGGUUAUAAGAGUGAAAAGAUAGUUGCCAUGAAAACAUUGAGAGAACUCUAAAUUUGAAAAGACUUUCUUGUAAUGGCCAUAUCUUUUACGUCUUCAAAUGAAUACGCGCGCUGUUUGAAAAUCAUUGGAUUGUCUUGAUUAGUAACUAAAGAAGGCGUAUAGUAUUUUUGGAGCUGGUUAGACUUGGGUUUUAUGCAGAAUGUCACCGGCGUUGAUCUUAAUUGACAAAAAAAGAAGCAAUUUUGUAAUUAGAUGCGUUUUAGUAACGUUAUACCCACAAACAAAAGGUUUCGAGGAUGAACAAUAUAAAAAGUCACAUUGAAAAUUCAUAUUUUCGCAGAUAACAAAAAGGCGUCGGUUUAUUGAAAUCCUCAACUUGUACAGUCAUUAGCUUAGGCGGAUGUAAUAGCCCUAGAUCUCGAUUAUUCUUGCUGUCUUGUCCUACAUAAACCAGUAGCUUUUAAUUACUGAUUUAAAAUGGCGUUUUCUAUUGUUUGUUUUGCUUCAGGACUUCCUACAAUCAUAGUUACUACAUCUCUAGGUAUUGCCGCAGGAAAAGAUGGAAUAGAAACUUAUGUCACCGAUAAAAAGUGAAGUUUGAAUGUUUUCUAAUUUUAUCAACCGUUUAAAAGUAGAGAGAGCCUGGAAAUGUGAACCUAAAAUAGACAAGGGGCGAGGGUGUCAAUUUCCCCUUUACCUGCCUCCUGAUAUUGGUAAAUCAUUAUCAAGGACUCAGGGAAGACAAGAACGGGUACUAAUUUUUACGAAACUUGAUACCAGCAGCCCCCCCUCCCUGGCCUUCUAAAAUGGCCUUUACCCCACCCUUUUCACUAGGUACCUCCUUCUUUCAAACUGUGGAUCAGUCUCUUCGUGUGCUAGACCAGGAAGCUAUUUAAGUUAUCAUCCAGAAUGAUGUUUUUCGUAAUUUUGCAAAGUAAUAUAAAGGCAUCGUGCUGCCCCAUCCUUUGGGUUUUGAUUUCACAUUCUGACAUGAAAUAUCCCCUAAUUCUUUUAUUUAAACGGACAAAACGAAAUUGAAAGCUAGACCUGUGCACUUUAUUGUUUUGAUUAUAAGAUGCUGGAUGUCCUCCUCUAACAAUAUCAUCUGGAUAUUUGUUUCCUUUGUUGGACUAAUCACAAUUAUUAACAUGGUAAUCCUUGUGCGAGUUAUCAAGGAAAUGACAACAAUCCAAGAGGUGAAGGAUAACCAGACUGAACAGAUCAGGCUAGGCAUUCGUGCAUGUGUCGUGUUAGCUCCGUUGUUGGGUGUCACGUGGCUCAUUGGCUUCCUUUUGCCACUACACAUCGCCUUCUCCUACAUUUUUGUAAUCCUUAACUCUACUCAGGGAUUCUCUAUUUUCUUUUUCCACUGCUUGAGAAACAGUGAGAUAAAAGAGCGUUUCAAAAGAAGAUUCCAAAGAAUCCACCCAAGUGCAUUAAACCAUGGGCAAGCUGACAACACAAAGAACUCACAAACCCAUCAGAGUCACGCUAACGCUGGGAUUCCUCAGGAGGAUCGAGAGUAGACUUUGAACUUCUAUCUUCGUCUUGAAUUGGGAAAAUACUGUAUGCAUUUAUAACCAGCUUCACUAAUGUUGCUUAAGCUGUAGCUUAAGAGCUCUGUCGCAAAUUGAAACUGCAUUUAUGCUUUUUUGCCCAGCUUCUGGGUAACCUCCUUAACCACGGAUUUAGGUCAUAUGAUCAAGUGGAAUCAUUUCUUAGAAUUAAAUUGUCAGAGAAGAACGGUUUAAAAUAUCUCCUGAUUAAUCAUUUAAUCUGUAAUCAGUCAGUUUCCGUUUGAAUCAAUCUUGGGGCAACUGAUAUUGAUAGUAAGAAAAAAAGUUUGCGGUAUACUUCAAAUAAAGACAUAAUGAAAACUUUACUAGACUAAAA